AUGAAGAAAAUACUUCAUAUGAAGAGUAAAAGUACUUGAUUCUGGAAAAACUCUUAAAGCACUUCUAACUUCAAAGCUGGAAAGAAAAGUAUGAAGGAACAAUCCAUCUGAAUCCCUCAGCAUCUCACAAAGAACACAAAAUGGCUCUUCAGAAAAAAACUGUUGCUGGUAUCUUGGAGGAGUGGUGUUUGGAGGAACCACUGUUCAGUUGCAAACAGCACCUGAAUGUUAGGAAAAAACUGAGACUGAUAAGAAUUAUAGGGCUUCUUGUCAGUGUAGUGGCCAUUAGUACCUUCUCUCUUUCAAUUAGUGCCUUUUUCAAGAUGGAACCACAUAGCAUGGCAUUGGCCAGCAGACUAGAUAGCCAAAACCUGGUGCGUGGGCACCAAAGGACUCUGUUGGAUUUCAUGGAAGAGAAUGAAAAUGGCACUCCAGACCCACACCCUUCUAUGAAAUAUGAAGAUGAGCACGUCAAUGCAACAGAUGAUCAUGCCAAGGGAGAAUACCCCAAGGACCUUUUCUCUCUUGAGGAGAGAAGAAAGGGAGCAGUGAUCCUCCAUAUAAUUGGAAUGAUUUACAUGUUUAUAGCCUUAGCCAUAGUCUGCGAUGAGUUCUUUGUUCCUUCCUUGACUGUCAUCAUUGAAAAACUGGCCAUAUCUGAUGAUGUAGCAGGGGCAACCUUCAUGGCUGCUGGUGGGUCAGCCCCAGAACUCUUCACCUCUUUAAUAGGAGUGUUUAUAUCCCACAGCAAUGUUGGCAUUGGUACAAUAGUGGGAUCUGCUGUGUUCAAUAUCUUGUUUGUUAUUGGAAUGUGUGCUUUAUUUUCUAGAGAGAUCUUGAACCUUACUUGGUGGCCACUCUUUCGAGAUGUGUCCUUUUACAUCGUUGACUUGAUCUUGCUAAUCAUCUUUUUUCUGGAUAACUUGAUCAUGUGGUGGGAAAGCUUAACUCUCCUGACAGCUUAUUUUUGCUAUGUGACUUUCAUGAAGUUCAAUGUUCAAGUAGAAGAAUGGGUGAAGAAAUUUUUAAACAGGAACAAGGUUGAGAAGGUAACAGCAGACACUGAAGGAAAGUCACCUAAUUCUGGCAACAAGGAUGACCAAACACUGACGACGAAGCCACGGCUCCAGCGGGGAGGAAGCUCUGCAUCUCUUCACAACAGUCUAAUGAGGAACAGCAUCUUCCAGCUCAUGAUUCACACACUCGACCCACUUGCUGAAGAGCUUGGAUCAUAUGGAAACCUAAAAUAUUAUGACACAAUGACUGAAGAAGGAAAGUUCAAGGAAAGGGCAUCAAUUCUGCAUAAGAUCGCCAAAAAGAAGUGCCAGGUGGAAGACAGUGAAAGGCAGAAUGGAGCUGCUAAUCAUGAAAAAAGUGCAAAAGUGGAAGUUGCAGUAACACCACCAAGUGAUUCAGGACCAGUGCAGAAUGGAGUCGCCCAUAACGCUGAAGAAGAGAAUGAAGAGGAUGAGGACCAGCCUCUCAGCCUGGCCUGGCCUGACACCCCACGCAAGCAACUCACCUACCUUCUUGUAUUACCCAUUGUUUUUCCACUGUGGGUUUCCCUCCCAGAUGUCAGAAAACCUAGGUCAAGAAAAUUUUUUCCUAUUACAUUUUUUGGAUCUAUCAGCUGGAUUGCAUUUUUUUCUUACUUAAUGGUCUGGUGGGCACAUCAGGUUGGAGAGACCAUUGGUAUUAGUGAAGAAAUCAUGGGAUUGACUAUUCUAGCUGCUGGCACAUCCAUUCCUGAUCUGAUUACCAGUGUUAUUGUAGCACGCAAAGGUCUAGGGGACAUGGCUGUAUCCAGUUCUGUUGGAAGCAACAUAUUUGACAUCACAGUGGGCCUUCCUCUUCCGUGGCUCCUGUAUGCUGUGAUUAACCGUUUUGCCCCGGUGGCAGUCAGCAGCAAUGGUCUGUUCUGUGCAAUUGUCCUCCUCUUCAUCAUGCUGCUCUUUGUCAUCCUCUCCAUUGCUUUCUGCAAGUGGAGGAUGAAUAAAAUCCUGGGCUUUCUCAUGUUUGGGCUUUAUUUUGUGUUCCUGAUUGUCAGUGUCCUCCUGGAGGACAAAGUUAUCCAGUGUCCUGUCUCCAUCUAGUGGAAAGUGCUGUUUCUUGAGAAAAAAAUACCCAAACCAUAUAUAUUUAUUAAAAAAAAUAUAUAUCAAAAUGAAACAGCAAAAAACAACAAUGGAAAGCUUCUUUGAGAAAACCCCAUGGAUUUGUAAAUUUCCUCUCCCUCAAAUUUAAAAGAGAGAA